AUGCCUCUGGCAGUCGAAUUCAAGAUGCUGCACUUUCUCGUCGGCUUCCGAAGAGACCACGCGUUGCCGCCAUUGACAGGUGUGAGCCUCGAGGGCAAGCUCGAACCUGACGUGAUUCCCGACGCGAGUGAAGAGGUCGAGAAGAAGAGACUCGACCUCCGCCCGAACGAGCUGCAGAAGCAACGACAAGCCCACUUCCAGCAGCAGCGGCUCGAAGUCCAACGAAGAUGGCAGCCUCUCCAGCAGCUACGCGACGACGCCCCCACCUUCGCAGCCUCGUCAUGGUGCAAGGCCAUUGGAUUUCAGCUUCCGCCUCCAGGACCUCAGCAGGCGAUGCAUUCGGCACCAGCACCGCCUCCAGCGGCCAGCAUCGAGUCAAGAGGCUCUACGCCAACAAGCGCAGUGACCAAGACAGCUGUGCCUCGAGCGUGGGCUACGACACGCACGGCCGCUACCAACGCAGCCAGCAUUAGCGGCGGUGGUGACAGGAGGUACGACACCGAGCAGUACAAGACGGUGGGCGGGAGUGAUGACCGGUACCUGAUGGAGCUCCAGCCGGCGGAGCGUGAGAUUGCUCAGAAGGUGAGUUGA